GGAGCGGCGCCGCCUUUGGGUUCCCGCCGGCGCAUCCUGAAAGGAGGGGGCGGUGGCGGCGGCAUGGCCGGGGCGGUGAAAGUUCUGACCACCCUGAGGAACCACUGGAAGAAAACCACGUUCGGGGUCUGCCUGCUGAGCUGGGGCGGGCACUGGCUGUACGGGAGGCACUGCGAUAACCUGCUACGAAGAGCUGCAUGCCAAGAAGCCCAGGCUUUUGGCAACGAGCUGAUCCCUUCGAGUAUGCCGUUGAAGAAGGCAACAGUGUUCCUUAAUCCAGCAGCUUGCAAAGGCAAAGCCAGGAACCUUUUUGAAAAGAAUGCUGCUCCAAUUUUGCACUUAUCUGGCUUGGAUGUAACUGUGGUUAAGACUGAUUAUGAGGGACAAGCAAAAAAGCUGCUGGAACUGAUGGAAAACACAGAUCUGAUCAUUAUUGCAGGAGGAGAUGGCACAGUACAAGAGGUCAUAACCGGGCUCCUCCGCAGAGCAGAUGAGGCUGUCUUCAGUAAGAUUCCUAUAGGAUUCAUACCUCUUGGGAAGACCUGCACUCUGAGCAACACGCUCUACCCUGAGAGCACAAACCAAGUGCAACAUAUCACCAAUGCUACAUUGGCCAUUUUGAAGGGAGAGACAGUUCCGCUUGAUGUCUUGCAGAUCAAGGGAGAAAAGGAACAGCCUGUGUUUGCAGUGACUGGUUUAAGAUGGGGAUCUUACAGAGACGCAGGAGUUAAAGCUAGCAAGUACUGGUACCUCGGGCCUCUGAAAACCAAAGCAGCUCACUUUUUCAGUACGUUUAAGGAAUGGCCUCAGAAACGUCAAGGUGCUCUCAUGUAUCUGGGUCCAACCGAGCGGCCUCCAGAAGAGCCAGAGGAGAAACCUUCCAGACCUCCUUUGUAUGUGAGGCUUUACAGACGGCUUCGGUUGUACUGGGCGUCUCGUCCAAAAGAAAUCCCCCAGGAGGUGGCCCCGGAGGACUGGGAGGAACUGAAGCUAUCCACCAUUGAACUUUCCAUUGCAACGCGGAACAGGCAGCUUGAUCUGAUGCGCACUGAAGACUUCAUGGAUAUUUGCGUUGAAGCAGACACUGUCAGCAAAGGAGAGUUUGUAAACAGAGGAAGUCAAAAGAUGCGUGAUCCACAUACGUGCCCUGAAGGGAGUCAGUGCCUCCAAGCCAGCAGAUGCAUCUUGCAACUUCCAGAGGGCACCGAGGGAUCCUUUGGCAUUGAUAAUGAGGAGUAUGAAGCUGUGCCCGUGGAGGUGAAGCUGCUGCCCCGCAAACUCCGCUUCUUCUGUGAUCCCAGAGUGAGAGAGCAGAUGCUCCGUGCAGCAGUACAAUGAGAACUCAUGGCAAAGGGGCCAACGUUCACCAGUCUUACUGGUGUCUCUUCAAGGCAUGAGAGACUUUUCACUGACUUGAUUAGCCCCACCAGACUAAUAAGCCAUUUGGCUGUUUUUAUGCACAAGGUAUUUCCAGUGGAAGUAGCUAAUCUGGCUCAUCUCAAAGGGGUUAACAAUGCAAAUGCAUGUUAACUUUAUGGCAUCCUUUUUUUUUCCCCCAAAGAAGUCAUCAGUGUUCCGUUUACAGCACUGCAGGCUGAGUGCUGUGUGCCAGAUGCUACUGCUUUAAUGUAAUUGUAUAUUAAAGUAAAAUGAAAGCAUA